GUGCUCCGACUCAUCAACAUGAUUAAGACCAAAGACUCGUUAGCCUCUAAACUGUUGAUAGUGUCCACUGUGCUUGGGUUAACCAUCUUCAUAGGAAUUUACUUGGUAAUACUCUUGGGUUUCGAUAGCAAGAAACGUGAGUGCGUUUCUGAUAAUUCGACGCACGAAGAGGCGUUCGGUGAUUCGAGCGAUAUCGAAGAAGUGUACACUGAUAAGUUGAUUGGUCGGCAAUACCCACAUCCGUUCCUCAACAACUUCAGAGGUCCACCGCCUGCAAGUUUCUCUCCGACUUCCGACAAGAAUUUCGCCCAACUUCAAGGUUACUCGGCUCCGCAUUAUCCCAGGAACAUUCAGGAGAUCAUCAACUACAUAACUCCAGAAAAACCGAAGCCGAAGAGACCUCAGUUCCAUCACGAUCCGUUCUAUCCCUACAAACCGAAGGAUCCGAGCGACAUCAAUCUUUUAGCAACGGCAAAUCUACGUUUCGCGCCGCCAAUCUGGAAGGACAUCAAGACCAACCCUUUGAUGCCAUCCCCGACCCUUUACAAGCCCAACUACGAAUUGCCGAAACCGAAGAAACCCAUAGAGUUAACACUGAACAUAUUCCCGAUGCCCAAUGACGAAGAUGGCCAUUUCUUCGGUUUCGCCAGUCAGAAUCGCGCCAAAUUUGCGCACGUGAUCGAGAAUGAAUCGACGAAGAGACAGAUGCGUCCGCGAAAGAUGGUCAUCCACCUCAACGUGUACACGGAGGAGAGCGAGGAGGAGAUUCAGAGGAAGAUCAGGAUCGGAAAUUGGGAAGGUCUGCAGGACAUCCUGAUGCCACCUCCUCCGAAGCAGUGAAUUAUCUAUUUAUAAAUUAUAAGCAAGAAAAAUGGUGAAUAACGAUAUUUAAAAAUUCAUUUUUCAAUACAGAAACCGCAAGAAAUGCAAAUGUGGCGAUGCUUUUUAAUUGAAGUCCCAGAAGCGUGCAAUGUCAUAGAUAAGUGCACAUUUGUCACAAGGCAAUUAGUCGGCCUU